AUGAGGAAGAAAUUGUUAACCCAAGAUAUUAUCCUUCAAUGGGAUCUCUCAAGAAGGAAGAAUAUGAAUAUGAUGUGUUGCUUGUUAUGCUAUGAAAAUCAUGAUUCUCACGAUCAUCUGUUUUUUGAGUGCAAAUUCUCUUCGAAGAUCUGGAAUAAGGUUAGACAAAAGGUGGGUAUGGACGAUGUUGCUCCUAAAUGGGAGGAGAUUGUGGAAUGGCUUUUGGUGCGUGCAAACUCCAAAUCGGCUGCUAACUAUGUGAGCAGAAUUUUGGUAGCGGCUACUGCUUAUUUCAUUUGGCAAGAACGGAAUGCUAGAUUGUUCAAGAAUCAAAUGAGACCGCCAGAUCAUUUAUGUCAAGUAGUCAUCAAUACUGUUCGGUAUAAACUUACGGGAGUUCGGCUGAAGCGGACUGAUAAAGUGGCAAGGUUGUUGCAGGAAUGGGAGAUUCAUGAUGAUGGGUGCUCGGACGAUGGUGGCUGA